CAAACGGUGUCGGUUUGAAGAGACAAUGUCUUUAAUAUCAUAAUAUUUCGAAAUAUUUUUUUUUUCUAUUUGUGUAAAAUGAAUAAGUAUUAUUUUUAUGAUUUCAUUUUUUUUUUCUAUCGUAUCUAGGCCGGCUAUCAUCUUCUCAAGUCUUACAUAAAUAAUACGGAAGUGAAAGUUACCAGUGAGGUUGCAUGCCAAAUCUCUCCUUGUUAGAGCGCUAAUGUUCUACAGAGCGCGAUUAAACCACUGGGUUUUUUUUUUUAGACCUAUGUAGUGUACAUAUCUAGGGAUCAUGGAGUAGAUAUAGGACCAGCCCCAGGCAGCCCAGUCAAAUGCAGCUUGACUCUCCAGUGUCAAAGUCAUAGAGCGCGAUUAUGGAGGCUUUUAGAAAAUGGAGCUCAUUUCUAGCGUUGUAAAAACGGUUUUUCAGCUCUCUGGAUUUUAUACGGAAAAUAAUGUAAGGAGGUCCAAGAAAAUGGAAGAGAAGGCUUUAGAAGUGUACGAUGUUAUUCGCACCAUCCGAGAUCCGGAGAAACCCAAUACUCUGGAGGAGCUGGAUGUGGUGACUGAAAAAUGUGUAGAAGUUCAAGACCUAGGCGACGAUGAGUACCUCAUCAUUAUCAAGUUCUCCCCGACGGUGCCGCACUGUUCUCUGGCCACACUGAUAGGUCUCUGCUUACAAGUGAAACUACAGCGAUGUCUUCCAUUUAAACACAAGCUUGAAAUCUACAUUACUGAGGGAACACAUUCAACUGAGGAAGACAUUAACAAACAGAUCAACGAUAAGGAGCGGGUAGCGGCAGCGAUGGAGAACCCUAACCUGCGGGAAAUAGUGGAGCAGUGUGUUACUGAGUCAGACGACUAAAGCGUCAUCUCGCACAGCGUCGCAUACCUAAUUCUGUUUAGAAACCUGGUGAAGCCUCUCUGUAUUUUUUAGAAAUUGGCAGAAUUAUAAUUGAUGCGCUGACUCAGUGAUCUGCUCUGUUGACUUUCUGUCCUCUGCAAGCGACAAGCAGACGGCGAUCGAUAACGAAGCAAUAAGCUCUGUUUUGUAGUGAUGGCUGUCUUUCAGAGAGUUCCUCAGGGAGGCACAUAAUAGCAGACAGUUUAUGACUGAGGUUUGUUUAAUGUCCCAAGAGUGUUAAGACUCUGAUCAGAGUUGAAGAUAACUCUGCUUCUUGAAUUCCAAUUGUAUGUUGUUGUGAUUUUUUUUUUUUUCAAUAAUUAUUUCUGUCAAGCAUCAUUUCCUCAUACCUCAAUUGAAAUACUAUUAAAUUCCUGUCUGAAUAUGUCCGAAAACGAUAUAAAAAUGGAAGAGAAUUUGUUUUAUUUACUAAUUUCUAUGAGUCAGACAUCAAAUUAAACAUCCCAAGAAGUCAGUUUACAUCCAUAACCAUCAUCAGCUUUUAUUGUAUCGUGAGAAUUGAAAUUCCCCAGCGAUAAUGUUAUAUGGCUUGCGAUUGCUGUCUGUGUACAUCUCCGACAGAAAAUUUCCUGUUAUUCACGUCUUGGAUCAGCUCUCAUCUUUGAUUGCGUCCUUCUCCUGUUCUAAUUUUAUUACAAAUCAACUUCCUUAUUGAAGUCUGCUCUGCCUUUUUAUAUCAUAUGUAAAUAUAUUUGUUAUAGUAAAAAAGUUUAAAGAGUUUUAAAAAAUAAAAGCA